AUGUUGAUGGUCGAAAAGCAGUGGAUUAAUACUCAACAGAAGACCUUUACGAAAUGGCUCAACAAUAAGAUCAAGGCGAGAGACCUUAAUAUCGAAGAUCUCGUGAAAGAUCUCUCCGAUGGAGUCGUCCUCAUUCACUUGCUCGAAAUCCUCGGAGACGAGUCCCUCGGCCGGUACGCGUCUAAGCCCAAGCUGCGCGUGCAGAAAUUCGAAAAUGUCAACAAGAGUCUUGAUUUCAUCAAAUGGCGCGGCAUCCCCAUGACCAAUAUUGGCGCCGAGGAUAUCGUCGACGGAAACAGGAAAAUCAUAUUGGGUCUGAUCUGGACGCUUAUCUCUAAAUUCACCAUCAGCGAUAUCAACCAGGAAGGUAUAUCGGCAAAGGAAGGGUUGUUACUGUGGUGUCAGCGCAAGACCGCGUGUUACCCGGAAGUCGAGGUGCGAGAUUUCUCGACGAGCUGGAACGAUGGUCUCGCCUUCUGUGCGCUGCUUGAUAUCCACCGUCCGGAUCUCAUCGAUUUUGAUUCCCUGGAUAAGAAUGACCACCGCGGCAACAUGCAGCUGGCCUUCGACAUCGCCGCCAACGAAAUCGGAAUCCCGGACUUGCUUGAUGUGGAAGAUGUCUGUGACGUGGCUAAACCCGAUGAGCGGUCGCUGAUGACUUAUAUGGCCUACUGGUUCCAUGCCUUUUCGCAGUUGGAAAAGGUGGAGAACGCCGGACGACGAGUGGAAAAGUUUGUCAGUAAUAUGCAGGGCGCUUGGGAGAUGCAGACCGGAUACGAGAAGAGGAUGAGGGAGCUUCUGCGCCAAAUUGCUCAGCAGAGAACAGAGUGGCAGGAAGCAUCAUUCGAGGGCACUUAUGUCGAUGCAAAAGACCAACUCGCACAGUUCUCACAAUACAAGAGGAAUCAGAAACGGAAAUGGGUUGCUGAAAAGUCCGACCUGGCUGCAUUAUUGGGAAAUAUCAAGACGAAACUAAGCACUUACCGUCUGCGACCGUAUGAGCCUCCGAUUGGAUUGCGACUUGACAAAUGCGACCAAGACUGGGAGGGUUUGAUGAAGGAGGAGCACGAGCGGAGCCAGCACAUCAAUGAGGCUAUCCGAGACAUCAAGAACAAGCUGCGUCGCUCUUUUGCUGACAAGGCUAACGAUUUUGCACUUACCUUGAAGACUUUGACGCUUGCGAUAUCUGGCUUGGAAGGUGAAGUUGAUGACCAACUUGCUCAUGUAAAGCGUCUCAACGACAACCUGCCGCCCCUAGAUGCUUACUUGGAGACUAUUGCUGAUCUCGAGGACCAAUGUGCCGAGGCAAAUAUCGACGAAAAUGAUUACACAAUGUAUACAUUGGAUGAACUUGCAUAUGAGCUAGGACUCGUCAAAUCUAGCGUGGCGAAGAAACUGGCCUUCCUCGAGAAUCAAAUGGUGGCUAGGAGCAUGACGAACUUGACUCCCAUACAACUGGAGGAAUUCGAGUCCGUGUUUCGACAUUUCGAUCGAGAUGGUACCAACACGCUGCAGGAAAUUGAGUUUUCGGCUGCGCUGGCGAGUUUAGGCCUGGUUUACGACGAAAACGAGAUGCACGAGGUCUUCCUCGAGACUUGCGGGCGAACCUCGUCUGUCAGUUUUGAGCAAUUUAUCCGGUUCAUGGUCAGUGUGACAGAAGACCAGAACUCGGCAGAGCAAGUAUUCCAGAGUUUCCGUGAGGUAGCGGAUGGAAAGCCAUAUGUCACAGAGUUGGACCUCCGACACUCCCUCAUCCCCGAUGACCUUAUCGAGAAUCUCCUCGGAUCAAUGCCAAAGCAUGACGGGCCGGAUCUUUUGGAAGACCGAGAUAUUCCCAAAUAUGAUUAUAUUACUUUUAUGGAAAAGAUGAUGGACGGUCAAGGAGAUUCAGACGAUCCCAAGCACCAGGCUAAUGGGGGGCAGAAGAUGAAUCACGUGAUGUCUCCGGCGGCUCUCCGAAACGGAGCCAUCUUACCCGCGUCGCCAACUUCAUCAUCAGCCUUGCUGCAUCUGUGCUGCUUUGGAACCUCCCAUUCAAAGAACAAACCCAUUUAUCCAAAGUCAACAGCAGCAUCUUGCGUUGACUAUCAGUCAUGGAUCGCAGCCUUGAUGAAAUCAUCUCUGAACGCCCUGCCAUGUAUAGCAGAAGCAGGGCGGCCGCCGUGGCGAACGGCGCAGCAGAAACACAAGCAAUGCUCCUCGCGAUGGCGUGAAAAAGGUAUGAACACAAGAGAAACCCCUCCCAAAAAAUCUCGAUCUAACAAAAAGAAAAGCGACUGGGUACACGACCGAUUUGAAGAUGAAGGAGACUCCCGUUCACAUCGCCGCAAUGACCGACCCAGACGUGGCCGCGAUUCCCCGGAUGCCGACCAACCAGCUCGCCUGCGCGUCGAUAACCUUCACUACGACCUGACGGAAGAGGACCUUGAGGGUCUUUUUGGCGGAAUUGGCCCCGUCGCCCGCGUACGCAUUGAAUUCGACCGUGCCGGUCGCUCGGAAGGAGUCGCUACUGUUACUUACCAACACAUCGAAGACGCAAAACAUGCAAUUCGAGAGUUUGACGGAGCGAAUGCGAAAGGCCAACAAAUCCGGUUGACGCUUUUGCCUGCUCGCGGAGGAGGAGGAGGAGCGUCGUCCAGGGCAGAGAAAUCGAAAAGUCUGUUUGAUCGUAUCGAGCGCCCCGGCGCUAGAAACGCACGCAGUUUGAGUCCUAGUAGCGAUGGCGGAGCCGGCGGGCGACGUCGUCGACGAGGAGGAGCAGGAGGCCGUGGUGCAGCAGGUGGUGGUCGCAGCGAUGUAUCCAAGCCUGCUCCAGAAAAUAUUGAUCGCUACGUCCCGGGACAACGGUCCCCCGUGCGUCGGAAUGCCGCCGGCGGUGGUGGUGGUGGUGGUCGUCGACCAGGUGAGCGCCGAGACGAUAGGCGUCGAGACGCGGCAGGAGGAGGUCGUGGUGGAGGCGGCGGAGGAGGAGGCCGUACGGCCGGCAGUGGACCUCGUCCCAAGAAGACGCAAGAGGAACUCGAUCAGGAAAUGGACGAUUACUGGGGCACAACCAACACUACUACGGAAACUGUUGCUGCCCCUGCUGCUGACGACGAUAUCGACAUGAUUGAAUAA